GCGGGCGGGCCGCGGCGGGGCCUGGCGGGCGCGGGGCGGCGGCGGCGGGGCCGGGCCGGGCCGGGCGGGCGGAGCGGAGCGGCCGCCGCGAUGGAGCCCGACUCGGUUAUCGAGGACAAGACCAUCGAGCUCAUGACAAGUCUGAGAAGGAAAACCCAUUCGAAUCCCCUUUCAUUCUGGAUUGGUGGAUCUGAAGCCCAGAAACAAAGUUUCAGCAUUGACUGUGUGUAGCAAACACACACUUUGAUCUUCAGGAGCAGAGUGGGACAACGUUAUCCAUCAGCCUCCUGUGAAUUCAGUGUCCUAUCUAGAGCAUCGCUGUGAACACGUCAGUAAUGGAGGAUCAGAAUGAAGAUGAGUCUCCAAAGAAAAAUACCCUGUGGCAGAUAAGUAAUGGAACUUCAUCUGUGAUUGUCUCAAGAAAAAGACCAUCGGAAGGAAACUACGAAAAGGAAAAAGACUUGUGUAUAAAAUAUUUUGACCAGUGGUCUGAAUCAGAUCAAGUGGAAUUUGUGGAACACCUCAUUUCCCGAAUGUGUCACUAUCAGCAUGGACAUAUUAACUCUUACCUGAAGCCCAUGUUACAGCGGGACUUCAUCACUGCGCUGCCAGAGCAAGGCUUAGAUCACAUAGCAGAAAACAUCCUUUCCUAUCUCGAUGCCAGAUCCCUGUGUGCAGCAGAGCUGGUGUGUAAGGAGUGGCAGAGGGUCAUCUCGGAGGGGAUGCUAUGGAAAAAGCUCAUUGAGAGAAUGGUACGCACAGACCCGCUCUGGAAGGGGCUCUCGGAGAGGAGGGGUUGGGAUCAGUACCUGUUCAAAAACAGACCAACAGAUGGGCCCCCCAAUUCGUUUUACAGAUCCUUAUACCCAAAGAUAAUCCAGGAUAUAGAGACUAUAGAAUCCAACUGGAGGUGUGGGAGGCACAACUUGCAAAGGAUCCAGUGCCGCUCUGAGAACAGCAAAGGGGUCUACUGUUUACAGUAUGAUGAUGAGAAGAUCAUCAGUGGCCUACGAGAUAACUCCAUUAAGAUUUGGGACAAAACAAGCUUGGAAUGUUUGAAAGUAUUAACGGGACAUACCGGCUCAGUUCUUUGUCUGCAAUAUGAUGAAAGAGUUAUUGUAACUGGAUCUUCAGAUUCUACAGUGAGAGUCUGGGAUGUGAACACCGGGGAAGUUCUGAACACGCUGAUCCACCACAACGAGGCCGUGCUCCAUCUGAGGUUCAGCAACGGGCUGAUGGUGACGUGCUCCAAGGACAGGUCCAUCGCCGUCUGGGACAUGGCCUCCCCCACCGACAUCACCCUGCGCCGCGUCCUGGUGGGACACCGCGCUGCUGUCAACGUGGUGGACUUCGAUGACAAGUACAUUGUGUCAGCCUCAGGGGACAGGACCAUCAAGGUGUGGAGCACCAGCACGUGCGAGUUCGUGCGGACCCUGAACGGGCACAAGCGCGGUAUCGCCUGCCUGCAGUACCGGGACCGCCUCGUGGUCAGCGGCUCCUCGGACAACACCAUCAGGCUCUGGGACAUUGAAUGUGGUGCCUGUUUAAGAGUAUUAGAAGGCCAUGAAGAGCUGGUUCGCUGCAUCAGGUUCGACAACAAGAGGAUUGUUAGUGGAGCCUACGAUGGGAAAAUUAAGGUUUGGGACUUGCAAGCUGCUCUUGACCCUCGUGCUCCAGCAAGUACGUUAUGCUUGCGUACAUUAGUGGAACAUUCAGGACGUGUCUUUAGGCUCCAGUUUGAUGAAUUUCAGAUCAUUAGUAGUUCCCAUGACGAUACAAUUCUGAUUUGGGAUUUCUUAAAUGUGCCACCGAGUGCCCAGAAUGAGACCCGCUCUCCAUCUAGAACAUACACCUACAUCUCCAGAUAACAGUCUGCACUUUACUGCCCUCAGAAGGGUUCCACAGUCUUGAACUACUGGAUUUUUGGCUACUACAUGCCUGAAGAUGAUUGACAGCUAAAGUCAGAAUUGGUUCUAGAUGCUGUAUAGAUGCAAAGCAGCACAAUUCUAUAUCUAAAUUUCUUAAUCUUUCCUGCUCUCAGUGGUCGUCUUUGAAUUUGCUACAAAUUCACUGACUUGGAGUAGAUGAAUUUCAGAAGCCUAUCCUUCCCUGCUGUGAGAAAUCCAAAGCUUCACAUGUAAAUUGUCCGUAGAAACUGAACUCUGAUGGCUUGUUUUUCAGAUAUAAAUCAGAAGUCAAGAAAGGACUUGGCCUAAUUUAUAUUGCUUUGCACUUUUGUCUGACUUUAAAGAAAAAAAAACAUUCUCCAAUGAAAUUUGGGUGCCAAACACAUGCCCAGAAUGUACAGAGCUUUGCUUUCCAGUCACCACUGUCCUUUAGGCGUUCCCCAUGGCAGGUUCAGAGCCCGUUCUGUUCCGUAGGUGUACGUUGGACUCUUAGAAAUAUUUCUGACUUGCUCAGUAAUAUUUUUGGAUUACAGUUUACUUGUUUCUGCACCAAUAAUUUCUUUUAAAUUAAAGAUUCCCUGUAAUUCAGGCUAGGUUAUCUGAACUAGUUGUGUAGCACUGUCUUUUCCUUUGCCCUGUGCUCUGUACUCGCCGUCCUGUGCUUCCUGAUGUUUGCUGUAGUCCCCCUCCUUCCCUGUGUGCUUCCCUCAUCUCGGAUACUGUGUAAGCAUGUAGAUACCUUGUACAUACAGCAGAGCCUCUGGUGCCAGCCUCAGGGCGUCCUGACACUACACACUAACACUCAGCGUGCUGGCACUUGGCAGCAGGAUGUCCUGACUCCUGGCACUGGUGGUGACAUGAGUACCUAGACAUUGUCUCUGCAAAAGGAGGUUUUCAGUAUUCAUUAGUUGGGUUGUUUUUGUUUUGCUUUUGGUUUUGGUUGGUUUUUUUUAAUGGGAACUACAUAUUUUAAAAUGUAAUUUCUAAACUUUUUAAAAAUUAAAAACUGUUUAAUUUA